AUGUUUACGCCCCCGAAUGAUGGAGACCAGCACGAAACCUUCUUAUACAUCGUGUUCGAUGACUUGGUGUCUUUUCUCACUCGUCGCCGACCAACCCGCCUAGAGAUUUUCAAGGGCCAAUUCGAGUUCGACCUCCUCGGUCUCAGCUUCGUCUUCCACCAGCUCUGGCUUCCUCUCAGUUCCUAUAGCUACUGGUUCGGCCAAACUUACCACGAGGGUUCCGUCGACAGUUCACAGUCAUUCAGGGUCGACCACUUUUGCAUCUCAAAUACUAUCGUCGACCUCACUAUCUCGGACUUUUGCAAGUCAAGACUUUGCCUCCCGGGCAUCAUCAACCUCGCCAUCGACCAGCAGUGCCGUCACGUACAUGCAGCUCGGCCUACAAGUCAGAAGCCCGAGGUAUCCACGCAGACAAAUUCCACAUCACUACUUCGGACUACAUCAUACGAACCAUCGCUCACCAGUCAAUCCUCCGAUACUCGCUUCUUCCAGACUAUAAGCUCAACAACGACCAGUGGGCUCCAGCCUGCUCUCACUGCUGUUCCCGAAACGUCAAGGCAGAUCAUUCACCGACUGAUCAUUGACCUAGGAGAAUGUGCUAGCUUCACCUCCCCAAGGUUUCUUCUCAAUGGAGGACAGCUGGGUGACCUGGUGUCCAUCGGUAAUGGAAUAUUCCAGAUCGAGCUGAAGUCCGACCCAGAUUCUGGAAUUUUUGGUCUGGUUGUUUCUUUAAGGGACGAUGAAGUUCGGUGUGGGGCUGCUGAUAGCACUCAGUGCAUGGGUGUAUUGGUAUCGUUUGGGCUACCCGGGAAUGAUAUAUCUGUGAGCAUACUAAGUGCCGGCGACUCGGGUAUUGCAAUGUACCCAGUCAACAUGUGGUUGGAAGACGGCGUGACAUGGGGUGCUCAGCUCGCCAACUCGCCGGCUGAUAUGUAUCACUGUUGGGGGUGGGAUGAUACAGAGUGUCCAUACGCGAUCAAGGGACAUGGGCCUGACGUUCCUUUAUGGACGCUUUCUGCGAACAACCCGACAGGGGACAUAUAUGUCGAGUUUUGCCCAUCCGACGCACCCCCAUGGUACAAUAUCCCCAUGAAUCCCCAUCCUGAUCCGUUCGAGCCGACUCGGCAAGGCACAUAUAUUGUACUCCCAACCCAGACGACCGUAUCGAACUACACGUUUGUCAAGUCUACCGCUUUACCUACAACAUUCAGCCCCGUAGCUCCGAGUGGAGAAGCCCACUGUGAUGUGCUCUCGACUUGCGUGCGCCCGAAUACGUAUGUGAUUGAGGAAGAGACUACUACAUCCUGGUCGACGUUCAUGACUCCGCACUUUCUGUCCAUGUACCCGUCAACUUCAGUGCCUGUUUACGCCACAGCAACUACGCCCAAGACGACUCUUGCUACUGCACCCACGUCAGCUGCAAUGCCGUCGGCAGCCAACACGAGUAUGAAGCCGUUGCCUCUUCAGACAGUUUGGCUGUCUUCCGCUCUGACCGGGUCAGGUACCGGCCCGACAGCUUUAUCCGGUGGUUAUAGCACUCCUACCCCAGCCUCCGGCCCUCAAGUUGUCCCGACAUACAGCUACAUCACCGAUAACCUUGGGUCUGUGGUCUCUACGUUGACCUACGAUGUCACGGUUUCUCCUACGCCCAUCACCACAUCGCCUCCUGACACGGAGAACAUCCUAAGUUCGUGGACGACAUGGAUGAAGGUCAACGGAUCGACUGUUCCAGCUAUCGCUGGUGAGGUUGGGGUGGUGUCCACAGUUUUGGAGACAUAUCUGCUCGAGUCUGGGUCUAUCAUCCCUGUCUCGGAGCUGAGCACUCGAACCACUAAAUCCAGCCAAACAGGCAGUCCGUCAUCUUCCACCGAGCCUGCGUCAGCCAACGGGGAUCUAAGCAGCCAAAGCCGAGGCGGGAGGAUUGCAGGAGCCGUGGUCGGAACGCUGGUGGGACUGGUGCUAGGGAGCUUGCUGGUGUGGUAUAUCUGCCAUUGCCGACAACGAAGACGAAGGCGAGACAGCUUUGCGCGAGGCGACCCUUCAUGGCUUGCACCUCGGCAUGAGGUCGGGUCGGGUAGUGAGUCAAGGCUGAGGGUGGACCUAAACGAGGAGCCGAGGAUGAGUAGGUCGUAUAUCGAGCCAUGGGUGCCACCGAGAACUGCGGUCCAGUCGUCGAGAAAGGGAGGCCAGCCGGAGAUGGGGAGCGUAUCAGGCUCAUACGGAGUUAGCAGAAUGGCUGGCCCGAGUAGGGAGCCCGAAUCAUCGAGCAACGAAGACGGAUCUUCGUGGUCCCAUCACAGCUCAAGCGACCAGCACCAGGCUCCUGUGGUUGCCGCUACGCAAACUGGCAGGCUAACAACUACGAACAAGUCGGUCCGUCGACCAGAUAUGGUAUCUCAGCGAGCGGUUCCAGCAAGCUACCUGAACCCAUCACUCGCCAACCCAUCUCUAUCGCUUCUCCCGACUCCCUUCCAAAACGAGCCUUCUAGUCCGCUUGCACCGUCAACGCCACCCGUCCGGGUCGCUCCGUUACCGAAUCAGGCGAGUGCCUCGCCUCGUGCCGGACCAUCUCGAAGGAGACUUGUAGGCGGCGAAGAGCAGGGCGGACACGAUGCUAUUCCACCACUGUAUAACGAGGCAUGGAAAGCUGCGCGAUAG